AUGCAUCUCCCGUUGCUCCUCUCGGGAGCUGUCUUGAGCUUCAUCGCUCCGACUCUCGCUGUUCCCGUCCAGGACAGCCCUCGCCAGCGCCUCCUUGACGGCAAAGGUCUUCCUACAAAAUACCGCAGUGGCUCGCCUCCCUACACCCCCGGCCACAAGGACAAGUACGAUGGUCCCAUCGACUCCAUUGGUGAUGAGCUCGAUCCCUUGCCAUACCGCAAUGGCCUCGGCGCUUCUGUUCUCGGUCCUUGGAACGAAGCUCGAUCCAGACAGAACCCGGAUCUGGUUCGACCGCCGGGCACUGAUCACGGCAAUCUAGCCAACAUGCGUUGGAGUUUUGCUGACUCCCAUAUCCGCAUUGAGGAGGGUGGUUGGACUAGACAAACCACCAUUCGCGAGCUUCCUACCAGCAUCGAGCUGGCCGGUGUCAACAUGCGCCUAGACGAGGGAGUCGUCCGCGAACUCCACUGGCAUAAGGAAGCUGAAUGGGCCUACGUCCUUGAUGGAAGCUGCCGUAUCACUGCCAUUGACUACGAGGGAGGAAACUUCAUUGACGAUGUCCAAAAGGGUGACCUCUGGUACUUCCCCUCUGGUGUGCCUCACUCCCUCCAAGGCCUUGGCGAGAACGGAACCGAGUUCCUCUUGAUUUUCGACGACGGUCACUUUUCUGAGGAGUCUACCUUCAUCCUUACUGACUGGCUUGCCCACACCCCGAAGUCUGUCAUCUCAAAGAACUUCAAGCUUGCCCCCGAGGUCUUCGCCAACAUCCCCGAGGGAGAGAAGUACAUUUUCCAAGGAACCACGCCCGGCUCCAUCAGCCACGAAGCCCCCGACGGAAAGGGAGUCAAGAAGUCAAAGCACCAAUUCACGCACAAGAUGCUCGCACAGGAACCCAAGAAGACCUCUGGCGGUGAAGUCAGAGUGACUGACUCCAAGAACUUCCCGAUCUCAAAGACCAUCGCCGCCGCCCACGCCAUCAUCGAGCCCGGCGCCCUCCGCGAGAUGCACUGGCACCCCAACGCCGACGAGUGGUCCUUCUUCAUCAAGGGCCGCGCCAGAGUCACGAUUUUCGCCUCGGAAGGAAACGCCAGGACAUUCGACUACGUGCCGGGCGACGUUGGCAUCGUCCCGAAGAACAUGGGUCACUUUGUGGAGAACAUUGGCGACGAACCCCUUGAGAUGCUCGAAAUCUUCCGCGCCGACGAGUUUAGAGACUUUUCUCUAUUCCAGUGGAUGGGUGAGACGCCCAAGAAGCUGGUCGUCGACCACCUCUUCGCCAACGAUCCCGACGCUGGAGAGAAGUUCUGGGACAAGGUCAAGAGCGCUGAGAAGGACGAGAUCACCAAGGACACUACCGUCGAUGCCGAGGCUGUUCAGACCGAAACGGAGGAACUUUGA